CUGUGCGAAGUCGCUUCUAUCAUUUCUGUUGCUUUCAACGUCUCCUUCCUCUCUUCCUGUUACCCUCUCGCCUUCUUCCGCUGUGCGCCGGCCUUCGCAGUCAGUUGAGCUCGUCGGAAAGCAAACAAUCGCCCUUGCGGAGAAACGGAAGAAAGCCACAGGCGAUGAUGCCAACGCCGAGUCGGAGCUCCCCGUAGCUUCGCGAGGGAUGUCGAGGCGAGCCGCACGAACGCCCAUGCCCAACCUCUGAAAACUGGAAGCCCUCUCUUGGCGUGGAGAACCGGCUGAAAAAUUCCAGGCUGUUCGGAUUGGUUUCCAAGACAUCGGUUUGAACAGCGGAUAUUCGGAGAUCUUCUCUCACGAGCAGAUAUGAAAAUGACGAUAACCUUUGAUCGAAUCGGCACCAAUGGUUUCGUCAGCCUUGACUCGUACUGUGCGGAAAACGAAGCUCUGCGCCCACACAGCUGCAAUGCUGUUUCUCUUGAAUGGAAGAACAUAAACUACGAAGUGCCAGUCGGAAAAAGCAAAAAAAUGCUAAUCGAUCACAUGUAUGGAAGGUGUGCUCCGGGAACACUGACUGCAAUUAUGGGGCCCUCUGGUGCCGGAAAAACCACGCUCAUGAACAUCCUCUCGGGUCAUAUUGAAAGGGGGUACGAAGGUGAAGUACAAGUAAACGGCUGCGUCAGGGACACGAAGCUUUUCAAUAUGCAAAGUUGCUACGUCAUGCAAGAUGACUGCUUGCUACCAGAACUGACCGUACGAGAAGCGCUGAACAUGAGUGUCCAGCUACGAACGCCAUCAAUGAAAGCUUCUGCCAGAGAAGAAAUUGUGACUGACGCCAUCCAUCGAUGGGGUUUGACAGAGUGCCAGAAUACCAGGGCCAGCUAUCUAUCUGGAGGUCAAAGAAAAAGACUCGCCAUAUCACAAGAGCUCAUUAGCAACCCUCCUGUAAUCUUCUUGGACGAACCCACUAGUGGACUGGACAGCAGCUCAGCACUGAAGUGCGUCCUGGUGCUGCGGUCCCUAGCAGCAUGCGGACACACAGUGCUGUGUUCCAUUCACAAUCCGAGUGCAACACUGUUCUCACAUUUUGAUAAGCUGUACAUGAUCUCGGAAGGAAUGUGCAUUUACAAUGGUCCCGUCGACAAAUUGCUUCCGUUUCUGGCCGCUCAGAAUCUCAACUGUCCGAUACAUCAUAAUCCGUCCGAUUUCAUUACAGAGAUAGCGUCUGGAGAGCACGGAGAUUUAACAAAACAAUUGGCAAGGUCCUUUAAGCCUGGUUUCCUUAUUCACAAUGGCGUAAGCAGUUUUCACCACCCAGAACUGACGCAAUAUGGAGGAAGAGUGAUGACGGAAGAGGAAAAGCAACACGAACGCAGCUUGUACAAAAUAAACGCCAGCGCUAUUCUGCAGUUUGGCGUACUCUUGAAGCGCUGCUUCCUUUGCCAGAUCAGGAAUAAGGUCGCUUCACAGCUACGCCUGAUUGCGUACUUGUUCUUUUCCUGUGCUUCUAACUAUGAUGUACUACGGCAUCGGCAACAGAGCAACCCGCGUAAUGAACAACGCUGCCAUGUUUAUCGUAGCGCUUGCAAUCAUACUUUUCCAGUCCAUCAUGCCAACUGUGUUGAUAUUUCCUACAGAACUCAACGUGUUACUGAGGGAACAUCGAAACUGUUGGUACAGUCCAAGCAUAUUGGCGGACCCCUUCUAAUGAUGUGCCUCAUACACUGGUCCACCUCACAGCCAUACGACUUCCAUCGCGUGGCUGCCGUUGUCCUGUUGGCGGUGCAGACAUGUGCCACAAGCCAGGCCAUCGCGCUGGUCGUCUCAGCCGCCAGUAGCAUGCAGACUGCCUUGUUCGUGGCCCUGCCGGCAGCGGCGCCUUCGUUCCUCUUCUGCGGCUACUUCGUACAGGUUCGCCACCUGCAUCCGGCCUUCGCCUGGAUCACGUACACGUCGCAUGUCUACCACGCCCACCAGGGAAUAUUGUACGCCAUCUACGGGCACGGGCGCGAAGAGCUCGAUUGUGACGAAGACAGCUUCUGCUUCCUGAGCGACCCACGCGAAAUACUCGCGAAGCUGGACGCUGAACACGCCUACCUCUCGGUCAAGUUUGCCAUACUGUUGGGCGCCGAUAAAACUUCACAGAGCUUCACAGAGGGCUCCGGCAUCUUCAAUGGUUACGUAUCGAAGCGGAGUCAGAAUGCUUCCGGCAAGAACAACCCUUCCCGCUGGUGUGCCACAACCAGUGCACUGGAAAACGGCGACAGUGCCCUUCUGAAGCCUGAAGGCCCUCGUAGCAGCGUCACACUAGAGUGGAAAAAUGUCUCGUACGCAGUUACUCACGGAAAAGAAAAGAAGACGCUUGUCACAAAUAUGUACGGUAAAGCGCUACCCGGAACGAUGACAGCCAUAAUGGGACCUUCUGGAGCUGGAAAAACAACGUUGCUCAACGUUCUCUCUGGCCAUUAUGGCAAAGGCUACGAAGGCGAAGUCCAGGUCAACGGCUGGGUGCGGCACACGGAGUUGUUCAACAGGCAGAGCUGCUACGUCAUGCAGGACGAUUGCCUUCUCCCGGAGCUUACCGUGAGGGAGUCACUGGAAAUGAGCGUGCGCCUGCGUAUGCCUUCUCUAGCGUCCGCCAAGCGAGCACACCUGGUAAACGAGGCGCUGUCUCGAUGGGGCCUGGAGAAAUGCGGGAACACUAGAGCCGGACAGCUUUCCGGCGGGCAGCGAAAGAGGCUCUCGAUUGCGCAAGAGGUUGUGGGCAACCCUCCAGUGAUUUUCCUGGAUGAACCAACGAGUGGCCUGGAUUCAAGCUCCGCUCUUCGCUGCGUUUUCGCGAUGAAGUGCCUCGCCACAGCCGGACAUACAGUUAUAUGCUCUAUCCACAAUCCCAGUGCCAAGCUGUUACACCACUUCGAUACGUUGUAUAUGAUAUCAAAUGGAAUUUGUAUUUAUAACGGUUCAGUGGAAGCACUCCUGCCGUUUCUUCAAUCUCAAGGUUUGAACUGUCCAGCGCAUCACAACCCAGCCGACUACCUCACAGAGAUCGCUUCCGGAGAACAUGGAGACGUUCAGGCACGACUUGGGGCGCACUUCACACCAUACGGCAUUGAACCUGUUAUCGAGGACGUGGUACUUCCUUCAGAACGCCGAAUUACACGAUACGGAGGUCGUAUUAUGACCGAGCAAGAACUGGAAGACGCACUGGUACAACACAACGAAAACGUUAGCUACUUUGUUCAGUUCACGGUGCUCCUGCGGAGAUGUUUUCUCUGUAUAGCCAGAAACAGGGUGGCGACACAUCUGCGCUUCGCUGCCUACCUCUGCUUUGCGGCAAUGCUAAUAGCAAUGUUCUACGGCAUCGGGGAUGACGCGUCUCGAGUAAUGAACAAUCUGUCCUUCAUUAUACUUACACUGUCUCUACUGCUGUUCCAAUCAACGAUGCCUACAGCUAUGCUCUUUCCGACUGAGCUGAGCGUAUUGCUACGCGAGCACAGAAACUGUUGGUACAAACCUGUGAUGUAUUACAUCGCCAGAUUGGCGACUGAGGCACCGUUCAUGCUCCUUGGACCAGCGGGAAUGGUUGUGAUCGUCUACUGGGCAACGUCGCAGCCGGCAGAAUGGGACAGGCUAGCUUCUGUGGUGCUACUGUGUCUUCAAAUGUGCUCAGUGUGCCAAGGCUUAGCCCUUGUAGUGUCCGCUUCAUGCAGUGCUCAGACGGCCCUUUUUGCGGCGCUACCUGCUGCAUCGCCACCAUUCCUGUUCAGCGGUUACUUCAUGCCUCCGAAGUUACUUCACCCAGUGGUGUCCUGGGUGACACAAUUGUCCCAAGUCCACCACGCACUUCACGGCAUUCUGUACGCGAUAUACGGCAAUGGUCGUGCCGAACUGCACUGCGACGAAGACACGUUCUGCUUCUUCGCCGACCCUGAACAGGUCCUUGUGGAGACCGGCGCUGAGGACGCCCGGCUAUCUGUGAAGUUUGGCAUUUUGCUAGCCUUGGACGUCUCCUACAAGGUCGUUGCCUACUUAAUUCUCCGAUGGCGUCUGAGAGAUAAGAAGUAGCGUUUCUCUCGAUAGACGUUCGUGCUUCCUGUCAGAUAAGCUCGUGUCUGCACUGUAUAGCUAGUCAGAACGGCUGAUUCAACAGACAGCACGUGUCGGAAUGCUUGCACAUAGGUGUUAUAUCGGCUUUACACUUCGAUCUCUGACGUAGUUUGGCGUGCCAAGUGUAAAGCUGUAUGAAUGUGCGCCUGAUUACAAAAAAAUUUUAAAAUGAAUGCGAUAGCAAACACAGGAACGCCAAGCGACCUUAGGCCAUCCUCGUUAUGGCCGAAAUUGCUUCUAGCGUUCGUAUGACGCGAUUUCGAAGAGUUCAGGGUAUAAGUGUCUGUAGUUUUUGGGUAUACUUAUUGAAUAAAUGUUUCUUUAACCGGUUCUAUGCGAAGCUGGGUUCACUGCUUGCGCCGUAAUCGCCACUUUAGUAGAGCGAAAGCAACGACCUUCAGCAAGAUGUCUAUACCCAGCACAGCCGCCGCGCAAGCCAGUAGGUCCACAUCCGCCGCAUCGAUUAUGUCGAGAACGGUGUCUCCCCCGACGGGGACACACAGGACAUCAGCGUCCACGUCUUCACCGCACGUCAGUUCGCCGCGUCUGUCACCGUACAGGGCGUACAUGAUGCCACGGUGCACGUAGUACAAGUGCGAAGUGUACGUGAGCCACCUGAUGGCCGGGAACAGAUGUCGUGGGCGCACGAAGAAGCCACAGAACAAGAACGAAGGCGUCGCCGCAGGAAGGCAAAGCAUCACGGCGACCUGCACAUCGAAAAGCCUGACCUGUAGAAACAUCUAAUCGGGAGUGGACGAAGCGGCGCGCCAGGACACCCCUGCGCGCACCGGUGCGAUUGAAUUAAGAUGUCAUAAGCGGCAAUUCAGUCUUUUUGGAGGCGGACAAGAACGACAGCUGUACUUGUCCACCUCACCUUUUCGUGUUCGUA